AUGACACAAUUGAAGUUGGAGCUCGUUCAGCAAGAGAUUAAGGAUGGAGACAUCGACUACAAUGUAGGCCGCAUUGUCCAAGCCAUCGAGAAGUGCUCUUCUGAGGUAGAUAUUAUUGUAUUUUCUGAAGUCGCCAUGACCGGAUUCCUCACACCAGCAAACGUAGAUCAGUUGGCGCUUUCUCUCGACAGCGAGCCGGUUAAAAAAGUGGCUCAAGCACUGGAAAAGCGUGGAAUCGCCGGUAUCAUGGGUCUCACUGAAAGAGAGGGAGACAAGCUCUUCAACACGGCUGUUUUCAUCAAGGAUGGCAGUGUGUUCUGCAAGUAUCAAAAGACCCACCUGUGGUUGGGCGACAGAGGGGUCGUUCAAGCCGGUGAUCGGUUCGUAGCAUUUGAUCACAAAGGGGUCCGAAUCGGCCUUAUCAUUUGCUUUGACUCCGAGUUCCCUGAAACCAGUAGGGCUCUUGCUGAACUUGAAGUCGACCUAAUUGUCAUCUGUGAUGGCAACAUGGAGCCCUAUGGCCAUUUGCAUCAGACUUCUGUGAAAGCUCGCGCUCAGGAAAACCAAGUCUUUGUGGCAAUGGUUAACCGCAUUGGCGUCGGCGAGGACAAAGCCGUCUAUCACGGUAAUACCUCCGUUGUGGACCCUGAAGGACACACACAAUUCAUGGCUGGUUCGAUUGAGUGUAAAACAAUUAUCAGCAUUGAUGCCAACCAUACUGCCCGCGCCCGCAAAGACUUUUUCUAUUCAAGCGAGAAGCGGUUCAAGUUCCCCGGUGAGAUUGUUGACCACGAAAAGGGCUGGAAAGAGCUCAUCAUUCCCCAUUCAACAUAA